AUGGAUUAUCGAUAUCCAGGUGAUCUUAAUCUAUGUAUUCAAGAUUUGGUAGAAAACAUUGAUCUUCUAGAAUCAAAAUAUAAUAUAGAACGAGCUGUACUUGUUGGUUGGUCAUUCGGUGAUGCUGUUGUAAUCUCGGCUGGUGCUCAAUGUAAUCUUGUUAAAGCUAUUGCUACUAUUGCAUCACAAACCGCUGAUACAAUUAGUGUUAGUCAGUUGGCUCAAAAAGGUAAAGCAUGUUUAUUUAUUCAUGGUAAAGCUGAUCAAUGUUUACCAUCACGCUGUUCUGAACAACUUUAUCGUCUUGUUGGUGAACCAAAAGAACUAGUUAGUUUUAUAUGA